UUCAUGUAACGCUCGAACAGACACACACCUACUAUUUGUAGGAUAGUCGUCCUUUUUGGCGGUCUCGCAGUUUCAUGAAGUUUCGGCAUGCGAUCACGGAGGAAUUCGAGCUUCGUGAACCUAAGUGGUAUCUCUGAUACACGGAAAACUCGCGGAGUCGAUGGAGCUCGAUCAACUGGAGCAGUCCGCAAAACAAUUAAAUGCGGUGCUUAACGAGUUCCCGAUCGCCGCAGUCUCGCUGGACGAUUUUAGACCAAUUGAAGAGAAGGUCCAUACGACCAGGAAGUCGUUGAUACCCCUGAAUGCCAGGUUAUUAAUGCUUAAAGCAAAGUACAAACAAUACGUCGAUGACAGACGCAGCGAAAGUGAGGAUGAGGUCGGAAACACACUGCAGAAUGUCGUAAGCGACAUGCUCCUAAACACCAAAGCUGUCAAGUUGUGCCUUCAUAGCACCACCAUUCUCUCAAUGCUCAGUAAUAAGGAAGGCACUGCAGAGGACCAAAAAAAGCUCAACACCUAUAUGAGUAAACUCUUCACUCUCAAUGACAAUAUUAUGGCCACUCAGGAAGCUAUCGAGAAAGCGUCUCAAGUACAGUUGGAUCUGAAAAUCGAAUGUCAGAAGGCAGUAUUUGAACACACAAAGUUUCUCAAAGAACAAGAGCAAAUGCGAAGCGAAAGAUUGCAGAAGACAAAUCCCGAGAUCGUACAAACUAAAAACCAAUUGGAAAAGUAUAUACGAAAUAUAAACAUAAUAAAGAAACUCAUUAGAAACUUCAUAGCAGUGUCCAGUCACAUGCUAGAAAAGAAGCCGAUACUGCUGAAGAUGUUGGAGAAUCAUAGAGACUUGAUAAACAUCGAAACGAUUGUAAAAAUGUCACAAAGUAACGAAGAGAAUGAAUAAAAGAAACCUUAAGGAGGAAGUACGCAGGAA